GUCGUAAAGAUAGUCAAUGCCUUAUCCGGUGCAGCUGAGUUAGGUGGCCCUGCCGUGUGUGCAUACCUUCUCGGUAACCCGGACCACUAUACAAAUGAGCUCUUUAAAGUUUUCCACUGGCGUUCGUACGUGCGUCAAGUGCGAGAGGAUACGGAGGAGGCUGGAGCUGUAAGCGACGCCGCUGCUGAUAGAGUUAUGUUAGGGAUGUCUGGUGGGGGUGUCGUUCCCCUUUCCAAAAUCAACGACUAUAAAUUUCGCCCGCGGAGAUUCGCAGAAUGGACGCUGUACGACUUCCUGCGUCUGACAGAUGUGCGGCGUCUCAGCAAGAAAGAAAUACAGUCAGAAGCCGCCGAUCCCGAUCAGAUGGACGUCGAUGUCGCAAAUGCAGAGCGCUUUCUGACCGGCCAUCCUCUGCGUGCCACCCAUGGCGUGUACGUGAAGGACGAGAAGCAGGCAUACAUACUCAAUUUUGUUGGCGGUACACCUCCCCGUCCUGACCGAGGUGAUCGCGAGGAAUAUUGCUGUGCUAUGCUCACACUAUUUCAUCCCGGAGGAUGGCGCGUUGGACACGACAUGCGUCCGGCUGGACAGACAUGGACGAGUGUAUUUGAACGCACUCGGUUUGAGAGUUCGCACAUCCAGAUAAUGAAGAACAUGAACUUACUUUAUGAGUGUCUGGAUGCUCGCGAUGAUUAUUCCGCC